CCGGCGGAAGUAGCUCUCUGCGGUUUUGCGCACAGUUUUACGCAAAGUGAAGCGGACGCGGAAGUUUGAGCGCAGAAACACGAUAAACACGGACAAAAGUGCACAGACCCCACCGGACACGAACCGAGCCGAACCGAGCCACACCGACCGGACCAGGGUGCUGGAGUAGGACUCUUAUUGUGACAGAGUCAAAAUGGCCGACACCGUCUACGCCCCGACGACGGCGCCGAAUCCAAAAGACAAAUGUUUCCUGGUUCCAAACGACCUCCUGGACCUCAGCAGGUUCUUCCUCAAACUCGCCCAAGUGGUGCUGUCGUUCGUGGCCUUCGUGCAGGAGGAGCUCGUUUCUUCUUGUGCGUCUUGUGGACCUUUGUAUUUCUUCGAGUUCGUCAGUUGUUCUGCGUUUCUCUUCACGACUCUGCUCCUCGUCCUCCUGGCCACCGCCCUCCACCGACGAGUGGGCGUCGCCCGCUGGAGCGCCCUGGACUUCCUGUACACGUCGUGUAUCUUCGUCCUUUUCUUCAUCGCCUCCAUCAGCUUCAGCGCCAAGAACAGCGGCACCAACCUCGAGAAGAGCGCCGCGGUCUUCGGGUUCCUGGCGUCUCUGUUCUUCGGACUGGACCUGUUCUUUUUCUAUCGGACUCACGGACUUCCCUGGAAACCCGCCCAGAACCAGGAAAACCCGACCAACGAAGCCCCUGCCCCCGAGGCCGAGAAGCUCAACGAGAACGGGGCCUAAACCAGGACCGGACUCGGUCUGAAACCGGUCUGGACUUGGUCUGGACUCAGCUGUGGACUUGGGUCUUUUAAGAUUUAAAAAAAAAAAUAUUUUCUUAAUGAAUUUAUCUGAGACCAAACUAGAACUAAACCAGGACCAAACCAGGACCAAACUAGAACUAAACCAGGACCAAACUAGAACUAAACUAGAACCAGACCAGAACUAAAUCAGGACCAAAUUAGGACCAAACCAGGACUAACCCAGGUCCAAACUUUUCUAUGAAUUCUUAUAUUUUUGUGCUGUUUUUGUGCUGAAUUUUUUCAGUCCGUUUAAUCCUGAUGAUGUCAUGUUUCUGAAAUUUGAACCAGCGACUGUGAGGUUCUGCGGACGAGAGUGUGUGUGUGUGGGCGAGUGUGUGGGCGAGUGUGUGGGCGAGUGUGUGGGCGAGUGUGUGGGCGAGUGUGUGGCGAGUGUGUGGGCGAGUGUGUGGGCGAGUGUGUGUGGAAGAGUGUGGAAGAGUGUGGGCGAGUGUGGGGGAGUGUGUGGGGGAGUGUGUGGGAGUGUGUGGCGAGUGUGUGGGCGAGUGUGUGGGCGAGUGUGUGGGCGAGUGUGUGGGCGAGUGUGUGGGCGAGUGUGUGGCGAGUGUGUGGGCGAGUGUGUGGGCGAGUGCGUGGAAGAGUGUGGGCGAGUGUGGGCGAGUGUGUGUGUGUGUUUAUCCUCUGUCUCUGUGUUUCUGGACAAUCCUUUUUUUUUAUUAAAAGAAAUUUGCCCAA